GUACCUUGGACUCAUCUAGACCCGUCAGAAAGCUCAUGUCAAGAAAAGUCGUGUUUAGAUUACCUGAACCUUAAGGUCCUUUGGUAAUGAACUUGUACUGAUAAGCCUGAUUGGUCUUCGCCGAGUCUCGGUGUCAUGUAAACUCGAUGUUUCCUUCUUAGCGACCAACGGCGCGGAGUAAUCUGGCACCGGGCACGAGCUGCCACCUUCCCCUUAAGGUUAAGGCGGGUCCUGCAGAUCGACAAUGAAGCUCCAACGGCCCUCCCGGCGCGUUCGUGAUUCGAUCACUGUGUCUUAGUGUCGUUGGAGCAGACAGGGCCCGGAUAGAUCAAGCUUCGGGCGCACGAUGCAGCCGAAGUUUGGUCUAGCUUGGCGAAGCUUGUCAAGCUUGGCGACUCUUUGGGGGGCCGCGGCGGCAAUGGGCGGGCUGUUUGCCUGGAGCCUGGAGGAUCGAUACAAACGCGGCAGAGCGGGAGAGAAACAAAAAGUCCGACCUCCCCGGCAUAUUAACAGGGGUCAAAGGUUCGCCAGCGUUGGGACCUGCCUGGGAGGUACUACGGUGAUAUCGUAUUGCAAAGUGCGGGAUGUCGCGCAAUCACGACGUUGAGUGAUGCAAGGUAAGGAAGAGCUCGAUGCAUACUUUAUGAGGCAAGUAAUUCGCUCAUGUGAAGUGCACGGC